AUGGAAAAAGCAACAACAGAUAAAUCUCAACGAUCUGUUCUCGAGAUUGCUGAUAUUAAUGAAAAAGUGGAAAACAAUAAUGUGCUUAUGUUAAAUCCAUUGGAAAGUGUUAGAAGCCCCUCAAAUUAUAAUUCAAAUGACUUUCUAAUUACUGCAAAAGGUGGGAAUAACAUUUGCACUAAUUUUGAGAAAACAGACCCUCGAGCAACAAGUUUCCCACGAGAACACGACAUUACCUCUGAUUCUUUUAGCGAAGAUGACACUAAGGAUUUAGAUCAUUCUCAUGAACUCUCAGACUCCACUAGCAGCAAAAGUAUUGAAACGGCUACUACAAGCACAAUGUGUGCCAAGCAAAUUGAUAAACUUUCACCUAUUCAGGUUAUGAAACUGCAGUACGAAAAACUCUGUGUAAUUGAAAAGACGAACACGAAGCUCCAAACAACAGUUGAAGAAGUAGCCAGCUUUUAUUAAAUAGGACAGAAGUGCUCCGUCAACCAAAGGGUCUCCCAAAUCUACCCUUCGCAACAUUCGAGGAUAUUAAAAUUGCUGAAGAUCUUACAAAU